CAACCUACAGCCUCUGCCAUUCGUCCCCCAAUUUGCGCUCUAGCGUUUGUUACACACUCCAGAUUUCAAGCUCGAAGUUACUUGCACUCUUUUGUUUAUCACUGCUCCGCCGUUACUUCGCGUUUCCACCAACCAUCAUGGGCUCUCACGUGUCCCUCAUUGGUGCGCUGCUACUAAUGGUAUUCCUAGGCCUCUCUCUCUCAGCAUCGGAGGCAGCGCGCCCGUACUGCCGCUUCGACGGGAAGCUGGUGGUGAGCAACCUCGUGAAGGAGCUCUCGGCCGCUGGGAACUACUCCACCUUGCUCGCCGCGCUCAAGAAAACAGAUCUCGACGACGAUCUUCCCGCGCUCUUCAACUGCUACGAGGCGACCCUCUUCGCGCCCACCGACGCGGCAUUCGAGGAGCUUUCGAGCGACGCGAGGAGCGCGAUAAAGGACGCCAAGGUGCUCCGAGAGGUGGUGCUGCUGCACGUGGUGCAGAAGAAGAUGACCGCUGCUGAUCUGGCGGCGCUGCCGCAGGGCAAGCAGCUCAAGGCAGCAGCAGGCGGGUGCAAGGCACGUCUGGUGAAGGUGUCACCUCGCGGGGCCCAGCCAGUCGAAGUGGAGGCCAUGGACGGUCCCCAGGGAGCUUCCCUGGUGGCUCCUGACGUUAUCUCGCUGCGAGUGGUGCAAGUGCAUGGGGUGGAUGACGUCAUCCUGCCCAAGAGCCUGCAGAAGGGCGAUGGGGAUUCUCUCAAGCCCGGCAAGUGCCUUGCAUGGCGGGCUUAGGAUAGGAGGGGGCUGCGUAGACAACAUACUGUAGGAGACGGCUGGCACCCACUACCUGGGUGCGAGUACUUACGUGUGAGUCAUGAGGACGAAAGCGGGACUUCCUGACUGGCGAGAUGGCAGGGUAGCCAUAUAUGUCGGACUGCCCUAUCAGCAUUGCCUUGAUGCUGUGCUUGUGGCAGCCACGGGAAAUAUACACGAUUCACGGCGUGGUAUUGUUAGAACAUGCUUUCCCAUCCCACUGUUCAGCAAGCAGCA